UGUUGGAGAAUUUUCGUUCUAAAGUCUGACCGAAAUUUUGUUACUCUAGCUCGAGAUACCCAGCAAGUCAGGUCGCCGCAUCCAUCUAAGCUUUCCGAACGGAGCCCCGAAAGUUGGAGUACACGACCUUGAUUGGGAUUCUUUCCAUCUAAAACAUCAUGACGACCGACACGAGAAAAAUGCUGCCUGCUGACACGAGAUUCUUCGUGCCUGUCGAUGGCAAUUUCAAGUUGGUGACUUACGACAUCAUGACAACGGGGUCGAGCCUGUCCGAUGACCUGUGCAGCAUCACGGCGUACAGCCCGGUUGAAGACAUCUCCUUCUCACAGCACAUCAUGCCGUACAACAACCUUUCGCUGGGUGCCUGCAGACGCUACAGUCUGCGCAUCAUCUCCAACGGCCGUUACAGGGUGCUCAAGGACGUCCGCAACAAUAGGGUGUUGGAUACCAAGUCUGACUACAUGGCGCUGGUGGACUUCAUCAGCUACCUGCGCUGCAUGAAGGGCGAUUCGGAGGGGCUGAUCCUGUUGGCGCACGACUCGCGCAAGUUCUUCAGCUCGCUGCUGCUCGACGUGGUCAGCCGCUUCCAGCUGCGCGAAGAGUUCUGCGAGCUGGUUGUUGGCUUUGCUAACAGUUACGCCAUCGCAGAGGAGAAGUGCGCCAAGCCGGGCCGCUCGCUGUCCCUGCGCACGCUGGCCACCUCACUGCUGACCAAGGAGGGCGACGACCCGCUUGACCUCUCUGACAGGGCCAAGACCGCCUACCUUCUCGUCGCCAAAAUCUUCCAGAUGGAGAAUGCCGAGAGUGGCACUGGCGAUGAGACAUUGACACCAGAACAGGUGUCGCAGAAGCUGCGUCCGUACUCGCUCGACAUGGAUGGUGUUGAGCUGGAGACGGACGAGAUCCGCAACUUCCGGAAGCGCGAGGAGUCGCUGCUGCCUCUGUUCAGCAAGAUGCGGAGCAACCGCAACGACCGCCAGCGCAGCUUCAUCCUGCUGCGGCUGUUGGCGCACUCGAACAUCGACUACGGAAUCCUCACCGAGAUCCAUGACAAGGGUGGCAUGGAGGCUAUCCACGAGGUGCUGCGCUGCACAAUGGAUAAGGAGCACGCGCGCGAGAUUGACGAGCUGAAGCACGUGUUCGCGCUGCACUUUGACCCCGAGUACAAGGGCCAGUUCAAGCCUGAUCCGCUGCCCAACUCUGCUGGCAACGGAAACGGUAACGGACAAAAGCAGCAGCAGGGCCAAGGCGGCGGCCGCCGCUUCUUCCGCCGCCGCAACAGCAACAAGAAGACCUCUGGCUCGUCAGUCACCUCGGGCCGCAACAACUCUGAGAGCCAACCUGGCUCACCGAUCAGCGACGACGGUGCCACCACACCGCCCGUCGCCAUCAGCGUGCCCUCAGCCACCACCGCCAUCGCCGCUGUCUAACCUCCUCUCUCCGAAUCCGCUCUUGUGGAGCAAAACGGAAACUCUGUUGUUAACCUAUAAUAGUUUAACUGUUGUUUUGUCGCGGCGCAAGUGCCCUUGCCCGCCAUAUUGACGCAGAGAUCUUUAUAUUUUGCCACUUGUUUUCGGAAAUAAAACCCUGAGUCUGUGUGCUAAA